AAAUCUGCCAUGAACGUGUGCAAAGACGAGGAGUUCAAAUUAUCAAACGAGAUGGGGUUUACAAAUUCAAUAUUUUGAUUUAGAAAUACCAAACCAGCCCUAUGUUCCUGUACUCUUUCCAUUAUAAAUAGGGGUUCAAUGUAUUUCUGUUGCUAGACACCCAAAACAGAGCUAUCUAGCAAUAUCAACAAACCCAAUACUGGUCUUCACACACUCUCUCCCCCUUCAUCUUCUUUUUAAAUUCAAGUGCAAUUCAUUUUCGUUUAAUGAAUUCAUGAAUAUUUUCUUUGUUUCAGAGUCAAUGUCGUUCUUUUCGAGCUUCUCCAGCUUUUCGAGCAUUUUCAGCCAACAAAUCAGCACCAUAGAUCCAUUCUCUUUUACGAUGUACUGGGAAGAGACAGCUCUGGUGGUGAACGCGCGAGUGCAGGGGCUGGGGAGCGAAGAAGUGAGCUUGGAAGUCAGAGGAAGCAAGCUUGUGCUGAUUGUUCAUGACGGUGUACGACGUCGCUGCAUACAGAGCUGCCAAUUACCCGAGAAUGUCAAUGUGGGCCAGAGUAUGACUGAAAUCAACGAGAACGGUGUGCUCACUGUUAGGGUGCCCAAGGAGAAGGAGCCAGAGCCUCCAAAGAACAAGUGUCACCCACCCGUGGUCCAUGCGGCUCAUAGCCGCCGUGGUUGCUUCUUCUGCUAGGGUCUCUGUUUUCCAAGCACCCAACUAUUAGUAUAUGUAUUUGUGUACGUAGUAUUUUCUGAUGAAAUUUGUAGAGAAUAUCUAGUGGUCGUCCAUUAUGGAGCGCUUUGUCCAUUCUGUAGUGCUUUAGGGGUUAAAAAAGAAAGAGAGAGUAGUUCAGCUUCGUUGGAGGCAAUGAUGUCAAGAAAUUCUAUGAUCUGUUAUCUCAA